CGUUCGAAAACAUCAUAAAUAAGAUACUCUUUAAUUGAGGCAGGAAAAAAGAAAUGCGAACGGAAUGAAUAGUCGCUUAUUUGAUCGAGUGAAUAAGAAUCGAGCGAAAGCAGCGAGUAAGCGGCGGCGGGUACGACGAGCAAUGGCCAACGAUGAUGAAAAAUAUGAAAAUAAGGACAAACAUGCGGAUGAGAAUGAAACGCAGGGAAGAAGAAUAUCGUGGAGGCGGGGGGAGACGGUGGUUCCUAUAACACCGCAAAUGAUACGCCUAGCGGUGAAGGAGUUACAUAUAAGAAGAGUUGCGGUGAGUUCGUCUCUGAUAGCGAAUCACUUGCAAAAGUGUUAUCCGAUCACGUCUGACCCGGAAGCUCUGAAAAAAGAGCUCAAUGACAAGCUCGAAGAUGCUGUUUCCGUUGGUCUUGUAGUCAAGUGCGGACCCGACGCUUACUGUAUUCCGACCCUGCGACAUCAAGCCAAUACUCGCAAGACCGACUUUACCAGAUUUUGGGAAAAAUAUCAAAAACGUUUAUUACAAAUUCGUCCCCGCAGCAGAGCAGUAACUCAUACGGAAAAUCGAGAAAAAAAAACGAAAAGACCGACGGAACGCACCGAGUAACUAUAUCAUAUAAACAUGUUUUGAGAAGAAGGAAAAGGUUCAAAUUCUCAAGUUAGUUCGUAAUUGGUGCUCCUGCUGGUGCUGCUGGUGCUGCUACUAUUACAGUAU